GCGGCCGCGCCCCGGCCGCCGCAGGCGGCGGAGACUGUGUCCCCCGCGCAGCGGCCGCGCCUGCUGCUGCCAGUGCCGGCGCGCAACCUGCUGACAGACACCUGGAGGGCUGACCGCGGCGGCUCCCCGGCGGCCGGGCUGCCCGACCUGCUGCCCCCCGCCGCGGCGGUGCCCCGCCCGGGCCUCGCCGCCCAGCGGCCGCCUGCGCGCUCCCGCGCCGGGGGCCAGCUGCCCGCCCGCUUGCAGGCCUUGGACGACCAGACCGUGGUGCCACGCGAGGUGUACAACCGCAUGAUGCAGCUGGGGGACACGGCGAGGGGCCAACUCGGGAGGGGUAUGGUCAACAUCGUCUGGUAUUUGUUGGGCCAGAUGGCUCCCACCGAGUGCUGCGGCAUUCUGACCUUGCCAGCUCGGCCCUCGCCAGAUGCUGAUCUUUUUCCGUGCCAGCUCGUGCCUGUGUUGUGCAUGCUUUUUUUUAUACUUUGCGAGGUUGGCAGUCUCGCUAGACGGGCAGAUGUUGUUCGAGGUGUAGCUUUUUCGGCUAUGUGUCUUGUGCUCUGUCCGCUCGCCCUGACGUUUCAUCAAUUUAGCGUGAACCUUGCGGAGUAGUGGUUAGGAGUCUGGUCUGCAACACGCUGGGGCAAUGUGCUCAGCGCGUUUCUCACAGCCCGUCUGUGGAAGAAGUUCCAGUGGCGCGCGAUCUAUUGUGUAUCAUCGUGUCGCGUGAUCUACUUUCCACGGUCGUUGUUGCACAGCCUGUGUAGAUUUUGUUGACACCAGAUCUGUUUCAGAGUUAAUUCUUGUUGUACCGAUUCAUUCACAUAUGAACGAUCGUCGCUCACUGCGCCCUUGCAGUGUGCCACUGUCCACAAACUGAUGGAACUGUGAUGUCUCAAUUUGUCCGUUCUUGGGCUGGCGAUGUAAUCCUGAUAGUGCCGUCGACCUCAUGCAGAUGUAUUGCGAACUCAAGGCUGGAUCUUCCUACCUGCUCGUGUGGAGUUUGUACACGUUGACGGUCGAUCGUGGCUGCUGCAUGCA